UGUGAAAAUGUUGAAUGAAUAAAUGAACAGUGUCUUCAAGCUAGCUGUUUUCUGUUCACUUUUUGGUUGUCUGUUUUACUUUCGUUUCCGGGUCCAACUGGUAUUCCAUUUAGAAGAUUGUUCAAGCUUCUAAGCUCCAAGAUUUCUGCUUCUUUACGUAUCAGGAGUCUUUCUGGCAAUUGGCAAGUUCAGAGCUCCAUUGGAUUUUUCAUUGCCAUGUUCCAAAUGUGCUGUCUUCUAGCUUUUUGUUAUGUUUGAAAAGAUAGGUGAGAGAGAGAGUUUUCGAGAGCAAUAAUUCAAAGUUACUGUGUACGAGUUGAUUUGAAAGUUUGGUAGCCAGCUAGCUCCUAAUAAUUGGGAGAUGUUGCUGGUGAAGAUGCAUUUGGAUGGUUGAACUGGGAUUUUUAGUCUGAAACUCAUUUUAGCUUCUUAAUGCACCUUGGUUACUGUCUAUGGUGGGUUUCAAAAAUUAAGGUUAUAAGUUCCAACAGUAGUGUGUGCUUUAAGAAAUGUGUCAAUGGUAGCUAUAUGUUGUUUGUUCCCUGAUCCUGCUGACAAAAUUUCUAUUCUGUUUAGAUGAUUGGCAUCUCAAGAGAAGUGACUGUUACUUGUAUGAUGCUAAUCCAAACAAUUUUCAAGUUGGUUAAUUCCCACCUUGCUUUGCAGAAAUAAAUGGCAAAUGAUCUGGGCAUAGCAUUUUACAUCACCAUAUGCUGCAUUGCCUUUAUUAUAUCGAAGACCAUUCUUUGGAUUCUGCUUUAUAAGCGAUGGAAAAGAAAGAAGAUGAUUUAUGAGGACGGUUUCUCAGGAGGGAAGAUGGUGAUGUUUAGGUCUCCAGUGUUGCAGUCUCUCUCAUCUGAUGUGUUAUUGAAGAAGACAUUGAAGUUAAGCAACAAAGACAUCAUUGGUGCUGGAGGGUAUGGUACAGUUUACAAACUAGUGAUAAAUGAUACCAUGGCCUUUGCUGUGAAAAGGCUAAAUAGAGGAAGUGAAGAUAGAGAUAAAGGAUUUGAGAGAGAAUUGGAGGCAAUGGGGGAUAUCAAGCACCGCAACAUUGUAACUCUUUACGGAUACUACAGCGCCCCUCACUACAAUCUUCUGAUAUAUGAGCUAAUGCCUAAUGGAAGUUUGGAUGCUUUUCUGCGUGGGACAUCGAUGGACAGUAAGGUUUUGGAUUGGCCAACAAGAUAUAAAAUAGCAUUAGGUGCUGCAAGAGGAAUAGCAUACCUUCACCAUGAUUGUAUCCCUCAUAUAAUCCACAGAGAUAUCAAGUCAAGCAAUAUAUUACUGGAUCAGAACAUGGAGGCUCGAGUCUCAGAUUUCGGACUUGCCACAUUGAUGGAGCCAGACAAGACUCAUGUUUCAACAUUUGUGGCUGGUACCUUUGGAUAUUUAGCGCCAGAAUAUUUCGAUACAGGAAGAGCAACAGCAAAGGGCGAUGUUUACAGCUUUGGAGUUGUCUUACUAGAGCUUUUAACAGGAAAAAGGCCAACGGAUGAAGCAUUUCUGGAGGAGGGAACAAAGCUUGUUACAUGGGUAAAGGGAGUUGUUGAAGAAAGGAGGGAAGAAUAUGUGCUUGACAGUAGCUUGGGUUCUUGUCCUGUGGAUGAGAUUAACAAUACUUUCAACGUAGCAUUAAUGUGCCUUGAGACAGAUCCCUCCAUGAGGCCUACAAUGGCUGAGGUUGUUAAGAUGCUGGAGCAGAUAAAGUCGGAGAAAGCUGUGAAUGAUUGUUAACCUCACAUUCUGUAGCCAUCCAAAAACUCCUGCACAUACAACAUUUUUAUCCUCUUUACCCUCUUUUUGGUUGAAUAAUAGUAAACAACUUCUUGUUGUUCGUAAGUGUGGUGGGACUUAAACAAGCUCUGAUGCCGCUCCUGCCUUAACAACCAAGUCUCAGUCAAGAGUUUGCCCCAAAAAUUUGGGGAAGAGAGAGAGAGAAUCAACUUUCCCUGGAAGAAAUGCAAUGAUUAUAUAUCAAAUUUGACAUGACCAAAUUUGUUACCCAUGCUGCUAUUUGGGUCACCGGAAUGAAAACAUGAUAAGAUAUAAGUUGCCAAAGUCUUGGCGUGGCUGGGAACCUAGUAGGUUCAGUUUGUUCGAAUGUUCUAUCAGAAAGCAGAACCAAAAUGAAUUAUGAACGAUUUGGCCUCUCAUGGCCACUCUGCCACAAGAGAGUCUGCUCGUGUCAUGAGAAUUUUAGUUCUUAAGAUAUGGGUGACUGCUCCUGAUUAUGAGGAUUGUAUCAAGGUCCUUUAUCUUUAAUGAAGCAGCAGUCCUAUUGUUCCUGUU